GCGGGGCUGGGCACGGCACGGCACGGCACGGCUGGGUGGGCACGGCGGGCUGGGCACAGCGGUGGGCUCGGCGCGAUGGAGAUCUGGAGCAGCCCCGCCGCCUACGAUGAGUUGAACGGGAACGCGGAGCGCGGCGGCGGCGCGGACCCCAUCGCCCGGGAGCUGGAGGAAGUCCUGUGUGCUGAGCGGGUGGCCAGGAUCACGAAGACCUACCACGAUAUUGAUGCCGUCACCAACCUGCUGGAUGAGAAAGAGCGGGACCUGGAGUUAGCAGCACGCAUUGGGCAGUCCCUGUUGAAACAGAACCGGAGCCUGACUGAGCGCAAUGAGCUCCUGGAGGAGCAGCUGGAAUUGGCCAAAGAGGAGAUUGCGCAGCUGCGCCACGAGGUGUCCAUGCGGGAUGACCUCCUCCACUUCUACACCACCACCACGGAGGAGAGCGAGCCCACCACCACCACCUCCACACCGCUGCGCAGGCACGAGUCCUCGCUGUCCUUGCAGCAGUACUUCCAGUACGACACCCUGCAGCAGAAACUCAGGUGCCUGGAGGAGGAGAACCAGAAGCUCCGCAUGGAGGCCACCAACAUCGCCACUGAGACCUGUCAGUACGAGGACCAGGAGCAGCAGCUGAUGAUUGACUGCGUGGAGCAGUUUUCCGAAGCGAGCCAGCAGGUCGUUCACCUGUCCGAGGAGUUGGCGAACAGGGCGGAGGACUCGGCGCGGCAGCAGGAGGAGAUCACCCAGCUGCUGGCGCAGGUCGCGGACCUGCAGCAGAAGUGUCGCACGUACGGCUCCGAGGUGGAGGAGCUCCAGCAGCACCUGACCGCGGCCAAGGAGGUGCAGCAGCAGCUCCGGCUGGAGCUGCGGGAUCUGCAGGAGAAGUACGCGGAGUGCGGCGGGAUGCUGCAGGAGGCGCGGGAGGAGGUGAAGAGCCUGCGGAGCCGCAGCCUGCCCAACAGCACCGUCAGCCGCUACAGCGCCGCCAGUCUCCUGCCCGUGGACUCUCUGGCUGCUGAGAUCAAGGGGAUGAUGAGGAAGAGGACAGACAGCUCCUCCUCAGACUACAAGAGCUACCAGCGCGUCUUUGAGACCGUGAAGGCCGUGAACCAGGCAGCCAAAGCCAAGUCCUGCUCCGAGUCCCCCCACCAUGUUCCAGGCUCCAAGCAGUUGUCCACAACCCACUCUGGAGGGGCCAGCACCCCCCACACCAACUGCUCCGGCUCGGAGGAUGCCCACAGGGCCGAAGGGGCCAGCGAGGAGCCCCGGGCAGCCCCGGGCCGGCAGGACCUGGAGGCGGCGGUGCAGCGGCUCUCGGUGCGGCAGCAGAGCCACGGCUCCGAGGAGCGCUCCUUCUUCGAGGCCGAGCGGGAACGCAAGCUCUGGAGGCUGAGGGAUGGGGCGAGCUCCAGUGGCUUCCUCACCCCCGAGGGCAGCGUCGUCUCCACCGGGACCAACUACUCGGGGGGCUCAGAGUUCACAGCUGGCUCCGGCUUCUCCCUGGGCUCCCUCAGCUACCUACCCGACAAACUGCAGAUUGUGAAGCCACUGGAAGGCUCUGUGACGCUCCACCACUGGCAGCAGCUGGCACAGCCCAACCUGGGUGGGAUCCUGGUGCCCCGUCCCGGGGUGCUCACCAAAGACUUCAGGCAGCUGGACAUUGACCUGGAGGAGGUCUACAGCCUCAAUGACCUGGAGGAGGAUGACGUGGACGCCAGUUCCUUCCAGCUGCUCCCUACCUCAACACCUGCCAAAGCCAAGGAGCACCCCAGGGUGUUCCUCUCUGUUAACAACCUCCCCCAGACCCCGUCUACCUUCACCAUCACCACCUGCCACAUCCUCCACCCCACCACUGCGAUCACCACGGUGACUCCCAGUCUGUAUCAUGCCGUCGUGCCUUCUUGUGGGCCCUUUGAGGGGCUGAGCCUCAGCAGCCCCUCACCAGAACUGACUCCCCCCACGCUGGCGCUGGGCCCUGGACCCCCCAGCACCCCCAGGGGACUCUUCAGGCUCCUGCUGGGGCGAGAUUCCCACCUGGCACCCGGGACUGGAUCAUGGUGGGCCCCCUCACUGCACUGCCAGGACCCUCAGCACUGGGAGGCCCCCGGGUCCAGGGGGCAGGAUGGACCCCCAGGCAGGAGCAGCACCUUCAGCUGGAACCUGGUGGAGAAGUUGCAGCGCCUGGGGCUGGACAAGGUGGUGGCCAGAGGGGAGACAUCCUGUGCCCAGCCAAGGCCCAAAGUGGCCUGGGGCACCCAGAAGUGACACUGCUGCAGAGCCCCCAAGCUCAGGGUGAGACACAUCCUCUUCCUCACCCAUGCAUGGGGAAAUGGAGACAGGACAAGCUUCAGCCUCAGCUCCUGGGGCUGCCCCAGGUCCAUCAGUGCUCCUGGCACCAGCACAGGGGGCUUUGCCCUGGCUGCAAGGACAGAACCUGGCACUGCACCCCAUGUAUGGGGGGUACAGGGGGUGCUGGCUGACCCUGCCCCUGCUGGGGGAGUGUGGACCCUCCACUGGAGCCAGUUCCUGGCAAUAAAAACUGUUCCUGCUUCUGCUGAGCCUGUCUGCAGAGCGAGGGGCAGCUCGGCCCGUUUGGGGCUGUCCAGAUGCUGCAGAGAUGGGGAACACAGUCUGGGCUUGGGUGUGUCCUGGGGCAACCUGCUGGGGCCAGGGGGAGACCCCUGCACCCUGGGCUGGGCCCUGGCCAGCACCUGGGCUGGACUGGCUUUUCUAGGGAAUGGUGGUUUAGCUCUUUCCUGCUCACUGAAUAGCAAUAGUAGCAGCACCCACAGCUUGGGAUGUUUCUGGGGGUGCUUCUGGUGCUCCCCCCAGCUGUGUCCCUCCCUCCAAGCUGUGCCCCAUCCCCUGGCAAAUAAAUGUGAAUUCACAGAGCA